AUAAGCUAGCAGCAGUAGUAGUGAAGUGAAAAAGUCAUUUAAUGCAUUCAAUUUAACAAAAGUUAAUGUAGAAUGUGGAAAACUGUGUAUAAAUGCUGUUAAUAGCGUGUAAGUGUCGCGUCGCUGUGUUCCGUGUGCAUUUGAAUGUUAUAACGCUGUGUGUGUAACAACAAAUUGAUUGUGUACAAAUAAACAAAACGACCUGUGAAAAUCUCGCCCACGCCUUCCUCCCACUAACCAUACACACAAUACCCCCUCCCCGAUUGCAUUCACUGUGACAGCUUCAAACUCAGCGAAAACUGUUGAAAGUUCCGAAAAUCAUAGCACAUUUUAAUUGGAUCACGGCGACAUCAAAAACGCCCACGUCUACGGAGGUCAUCAGCGUUACCGGUGCAAUGCCACUGGCUGAUUUGAAUAAAGAUUUGCGCCAACAGCAGCAGCUAGGCGUGGGCAUUGGCAUUGGCAACAAUGCUCACCUGGACAAUGCGAAUGGCGCUUUGGGCCAGCAGCAUCUGCGUCAGCGCAUGCAGAUCACAUCGUCCGGAUGUAGUAGUCUGGCCGUGACACCGAUGGAGCACACACCCACCGACGAAGAAAGUGGGGGUGUGACCACCGUGACGUCAUCCCAGCGCAGACAACAGGCACAGCAGCAGCAACAAAAACAUUUGCAACAGGUGCAGCAAACAGCACUGCAGGCAGCAUUGGAGCACCAUCACAUCAGUUCGGUUACAGCGGACACGGCUGAGUUAAUGGAUUUGAGUGACUCGGAAGGCUAUGCACCAGCUGCCGGAGAUACAGAGUUGCGUGAGAAUGAGUUUGAGUUACGCGAAGUAGUCAAGGAAGGCCAUGAAAAAGCCGACCCCUCGCAAUUCGAACUGCUGCGCGUGCUGGGUGAGGGCAGCUUCGGCAAAGUGUUUUUAGUGCGCAAGGUGAUUGGCAAGGAUGCAGGCACAUUGUAUGCCAUGAAAGUAUUGAAAAAAGCCACACUGAAGGUUAAGGACCGUGUGCGUAGUACAAACGAACGUAAAAUACUAGCCGACGUGGGCCAUGCGUUUAUUGUAAAAUUGCACUACGCCUUUCAGACACCCGGCAAAUUGUAUUUGAUAUUAGAUUUUCUGCGGGGCGGCGAUCUUUUCACACGACUGUCCAAGGAGGUUAUGUUCACAGAGGAAGAUGUCAAAUUUUAUCUAGCCGAAUUGGCAUUGGCCUUGAAUCACCUGCACUCGCUGGGCAUUAUCUACCGCGAUUUGAAACCAGAGAACAUUUUGCUAGACGAACAUGGCCACAUAGCGCUUACUGAUUUUGGCCUAUCGAAACAACCUUUAGACGGUUCGAAAACCUACAGCUUUUGUGGUACUGUAGAGUACAUGGCACCGGAAAUUGUGAAUCGCAAAGGACACGACUUUGCCGCCGACUGGUGGUCGUUUGGCGUGCUGAUGUACGAAAUGUUAACAGGAAAUUUGCCAUUCCACGGGCAAACGCGACAAGAAACUAUGAACCAAAUAUUACGCUCGAAAUUGGGCAUGCCCGAGAAUCUCUCGCCGGAAGCGCAAUCGCUGUUGCGCGCACUGUUCAAGAGGAAUCCACAAAAUCGACUAGGCGCUGGACCCAACGGCAUACUGGAUAUUAAGGCGCAUUGUUUUUUUGCUACGAUUGACUGGGUAAGGCUGGAACGGAAAGAAGUGCGUCCACCAUUCAUACCAGCGGUGUCACGUGACGAUGCGUUUUACUUUGAUGUCGAAUAUACGUCAAAGUCACCACGCGACUCGCCGGGCGGUCCCAUAUCGGCUUCGGCACAUGAGAUUUUUCGCGGCUUUAGCUUUGUAGCGCCAGUGCUACUGGAUCAAACCUCCAACAGUUCAAGUCCUUUGUCGCCAUUCGUGCCCAAUGCACAUCCCCAGCAGCGCAGUUUGCCCGGUGUUCUACCCGGGAACUUUCAUUCCGAAUACAACCUCCUGCAGGAAUUAGGACGUGGCACAUUUUCUGUCUGCCGUUUAUGCGAACAUCGCUCAACGAAAAAGCAUUUUGCUGUCAAAAUUAUUGAAAAAGCCGCUGCGGCAGCAUCAGCUAGUUCCGCAGACUGUUGGGAGGAGGUGGAAAUAAUGUUGCGCUACGGUAAUCACCCAAAUAUUGUCACUUUAUUCUCAGUGUACGAGGACGUGACAUCAGCGUAUUUGGUUAUGGAGCUGCUGAAGGGCGGCGAGCUGCUCGAUCGCAUACUUGCCGUGGGGCAGAUGUGCGAGAGCGAGGCGAGUGCAGUGCUAAGAACGGUCGUGUCGGCCUUGGCGUACCUGCACGAGCAUGGCGUAGUGCAUCGUGACCUGAAACCAUCGAACAUGAUUUACGCUAGCAUGCGACAGACGCCGGAGACGCUAAAACUAUGUGACCUGGGAUUCGCAAAGCAACUACGUGCCGACAAUGGCCUGCUGAUGACACCCUGCUACACAGCCAACUUUGUGGCGCCGGAAGUGCUAAAGCGUCAAGGCUAUGACUUGGCCUGUGACAUCUGGUCAUUGGGCGUGUUGCUCUACAUUAUGCUCUCUGGCCGCACGCCUUUUGCCUCAACACCAAACGACUCACCCGAGGUGAUAUUGAAACGUAUCGGUUCCGGGCAUGUGGAUUUCACCUCAAAUCGUUGGGCAAUGACCGGCAGCGAAGUGAAAGAUCUCCUGCGUCAAAUGCUACACAUCGUGCCGGAAAAUAGACCAACAGCGGCGCAAAUACUGCAACAUCCUUGGCUGCGCGAACAGUCGGCGGGUUCAGUGCGCCUCACAGAAUACGCCAUAAUACCCACGCAAAUGUCGGUUGCGGGCAACAAUGCCGCAGGCGAAGGUGGCGUGGGGUUGGCGCAACCCAACGCCAAUUCGGUGCGCGAAGCGACAGCGGCGUUACGCGGUGCCGUUGAUGCUACGUUCCGCGCAAUUGCAAUACCACAAGCGGCCAAUGUGGGACCAGUAGAAAUGUCGAAACUGGCAAAACGACGUGCCAAAGACCGAGCCAACUUGCACUCGUAAAUUUUUUAGGCGAAACUUAAGUGAAUCAUGUUGGCGGUUAUGUGAAAGCUGUUUUGUGUGCUGAUUGGAAAUUUGUAUAGUAGCUGUUGGUGCGUGCGUGGAACAGCAAAUAGCCACCAUUCAACGACAGCACACAUUGUUAGCGUAUUUAUUAAUAAAACACGUAAACUAACUAGAAGUGGGGGGCGCGAAGCAGGCACAAAAUAUAUAUUUUUAGGCGUUUUGUCGGCUUCCAACGCGCGACUUCCAUAUGUACGCACAAUCAGUGGCGGCACAUAGGGGAAGGAGUAAGCUUUGUGUGUGUGCGUGUGCUGCGCGUAUGUGAAGUUCAACAUUUUGUGAACAAGUUAAUUAUGUAUUUUUUAAACAAUAAUUGUUGUCUAUAAUGCGAAUACAAAUUUAUAAAAUUAUUGACUAGAUAAACGUAACAAAAGAUAUUUUUUGCAAAGCUAUUUACCCGUAAAUAAUGGUCAAAGUUAAGAUGCUUACCAAAAAACACAAAAAAUACAUAACGGACAAAAAUAUGCUAAAUAAUUGAAAAUAUAUGUGUAUAUUGUAUAUUGGUACUCGCAGCGUGCGCUGUUUUAAGAUUCUAAAGAAAAUGUCUAAAGCGAUUUCAAUCACAUUUAGUGUUCGUAGUGGACAGUCGAAGCAAUGCAAGUUGCUGCAAUUCAGCAGAAGAAACAUUCGAAAACCUUCCCUAAAUCCAAUUCCCAUUGACUUUCUAACGGUUAUGCCAAAUUUAUUGUCACUCUCAGAGCACUUUUGCGUUUGAAAUCAAAAACUAUACACGAAUUAUAUACGCGAAUUUUAACUAUUAAUGAAUUACAAGCAAAAUUUAUAUAUAUAAAAAAAGUUGAUAAAUACAUACAUACAUAAAUAUGUAUCUACAGUUACAAAUUUCAUGCUUAAUUGUAUUGAAAUUGCAUUGUGAAAUUAAUACAAGAUUGUGAUUUGCCUUUUGAAAAUAAGUAUACAGACUUUGGUAACGUGCAUGUGUGCACACAUACAUACAUACAUACAAAUUUGUAUAUAUAAAGGCCAUUUAAAGAACUGUUUGUAAAAAGAUUAAAUUAUGUACAUACAGAUAUGCGAAAAAGUUUAGCUAAAGAAGGUGGUGGUGUUGCUUGAAUGAUGAACACACACAAAAGCACAAAUUUGAGUGCAGCAAAGAGCAACAGUGAUUUUAUGCCAAUUCGAGAUCUAAGCUAAAGCUAUAAUAAAGGACGUUCACUAUAGUGAAUAAAUAACAUUUCUGCUCCAUACAAACAUAUAUAUAAUAUUUACUGUGCAGUUUCUGUGCUUCUAAAAUGUUGUGUGAAACAGUAAAAAUGUAAAACUGUCAAUGUCAAGCAUCACUGCUUCUGCAAGUAACACAAAAGAGGAUUUAGAUUAAUAGUUGAGUGAUUGUAAUAAUUAUACAAGCAGACAUUUGUAGUUUUAGUAAAUUUAAAGUUCGAACUUUUAUAACUCGGCUGUAGACUCGUAUAUAUACAUACAUACAUAUAUGUUGUAUUUACAAUGCCGCUUCUAAUUACAUAAAUAAUAUACAUACAUACAGAGAUACAAGUUAAUGUAAAUGUUAAUAGUAAAAAGAGCAUAAUUUGAUGUUGAAAAUAAUUGAUAACGAAAACAAAAAAAAAAAACAACCAGCACAUACGUACAUAUGAGUAUAACAGAGAAGCAAAUGUGGUCGAAAACAGUUUAUAUAAUUAAUUCAACUCAAUCAGCUUAUCGAAAGAUUUUAGUCUAAGUAUUUUAUCAAUAUGUAAAAAAAGGAAGAAAAGUUUAAUUUAUUAAAAACAAACUGCAAAAAAAUGCAUAUAACUAAGCAUACAUACAUACAUAGCUGUGUAUGGGUAUGUACAUAUAUAAUAUAAUAUAUAUAUAUGAAAUAUACACACAUAACAGUUAUAUAUAUUUAUAUAAAGGGUGUUUUUUAAGAGCUUGAGAACUUCAAAUGAUAAUAUAGGGUUUUCCAAUAAGAGGUGUUAUUUUGAUAUCCAAAGAAAAGUGUUAUUUUUUUAUAUAAAUGAUCGGAUGUUUAUUUCAUUAUAAAGAGGAAGGUAUGCCGUUAAUAGUGGAAAAUAACAUCAGGCAAAUGAUCACCAUGACCACGCUUACAAGACAAUAUCCUUUUCAUGAAAUUUUCCAUAACCGAAUUGCAAAGUGGCUGCCCUAUGUCCUCCAUAGCCUAACGAAUUCCAACUUUGGGGUCUUGAAUCGACCCGGGGCUGUUGGCGUGGCCUCAAAGAAAAAAGUCACAAGGCAUUAAAUCACAAGAUCUCGGUGGCCAAUUGUGAUCACCUCUUCGAGAGUUAACACGGUCCGGAAAGUUUUCACGUAAAAGAUCAAUGGUUUCGUUGCUUGUGUGGCACGUGCACCGUCUUGUUGAAAAUAAACGUUGUCCAGAUCAAUACCAUCCAAUUUCGGCCAUAAAAAUCGUUAAAUCAUCUCUCGAUAGCGCAAUCCAUUCCAAAAUAUCACCUGUUAUUGGAAAACCCUUUAGAAAGCAGAAAUAUUAAUAGUGGUGUUACAGAAAGAAGCGUGACUCCAUAGACGCUUUGUCCAAGGCGCGCAUUCAUUAAAGGGGAUAGCACUAGAUCAACAACACUGUUCUGUACAUUUGAUUGUCAAAGCAAAGUAUUGAGAAACUAGACAACAAAUAAUGAAUUCGCCUUGUAUCAUUCUGAGGUGACAGCCACAUGGCCACGGCGAAGGAAAGAAAAACAACUCAGCUGUUUUACCAACACCUUUAAGAGAUUCGCCUUGGCUUUGUCCCUUUAUUACUUACUAUAAAGUGUAAUAUCGAAUUUCGCAUGCGUAUUGCUGCCAUAAAUUUUUGAAACCUCAGCAAACGUCGUUUACGGAUUUCCUCCAAAUGUUUAUUACUAUUAUAUAUAGUAGCCAUUUGCGCAAUUAAAUUGGCUAUUCCUUCACCUGGUCUUCAUAUCGUUAGUAAUAAUUAAAUAAACCAAAAACUCCAAAACCAAAUUCCAAAAAAUGGAAUAAAACCAAUUUUCAUAUGAAGAAAAACCUUUCAAAGCAGUAUUGACAGGCGUUUUCCAGAAUCAGACUUAGUAUGCGAUAUACUGAGUUUGGAUAAAGUUCAUAAUCUUCCUCUUCCGGAUCUCUUAAAAUUCAUCAAUGAAUUCAAGAUAUUUGUGGAAGAGUGACCUCAAACAAAGUUUUCCGUCUUACCACCCACAUUUUAUCUUUCCUAGCUCUAUUCUUUCUACUGAAAUCUAUCCGGGUGUCGUACAAUGUUCUCCUGGCUGAGUGCUUGGACUUGUCCAACCCUCCACAAAUCUAAUCUAAUCUAGUAGCCAUAUGUUAACGGACAGAUUGAUUUUGUGGAUUUAUUUUUAAUUAUACGUACUUUUAGACUACUUUUUCUAAUAAAUCUGAUUAAUAAAUCUAAAUACCGCCAAACAACAAAAAUGCGAGGCAAUGAUGAUCAUUUGGUGAUUCCCAUGACAGCCGGUUCUACGUUAAGGGAAUGCUUCGGUUUUUUCCCCGACCAAGGGCUGGCGCCACCCAAUAAACUAGCGCUGUCAAGUGCACCGUACCGCAUGGCCAUUUGCUUUAACCUCUUCCACAAGCUGUCGUUUAUAGGCACGUAAGCCAAGGUUCUUGCGUAAAAUUUUCCACAUAGUCGAAUGACAAAGGCAACCAACAAGUUGAGUACGACGACGAGUCGACAUUUCGGUGAUAUUGUUCUAGCAGCUUCCCCAACCGUGUAUGUACGAUGUAGUCACCUGUCAUCUUCGUCUAACUUAUCUAGACUCGGAAAACGUGCUGUUUCGACAGGGUCCGAAAGGAGAGGGGUGUUAGGUGACCAUCUAUUUGAUAGCGCAUGUAAAUAGUUACUGUCUUGCCUGGACAUGUUGAACAUAUGUAUAUUGGACAUGUCGCGGUCGAUUCUGGAUAGGUAUGAGUUUAACCUGCUACAAUAUCCGUAACGCGAUUAGGCAACAUUUCGGUGACUUUUUCAACAUUUCCAUCUAUGAGCUUUGCGAACAGAUUAAUUUUUUUUUUGUAAAGUAAAUUUCCACAAUUUGUAAGCGAGGCUUUCUGGCAUUAAACGAAUCAUGAAGACUUGCCAAAUCUUACGAUCCGAAAUUUGACACAUUUUGCCAUUCUCCGCCGUCAAACCAUCGUUAUCAAAAUCGCUAGUUCUCAUGCAGCUAAAAAAACACCCGUUAUAUUAUUAAUAAAUAAAUGUACAUAUAUAUUUAGAGAAAAUUUAUGUAACUAACUACCUACCACUUAAACAUAACGAGCUCCUCCUCCAACUUGUGGUGUGCGUCUUGCUGUUUUUGCACAAAUGGAGGGGCCUACAGUUUUAUGCCGCCUCCGAACGGCAGAUGGAUUUUAUGGGGCGUCUUUGCAUGGCAGAAAUACACUCGACAGUUUGUCAUUGUCUAUUAAAAAACAAACACCUUCUAUCAUUUAGUACUUCAUGCCCACAGUGGGUUUCGAACUCGUGCCCUACCGAAUGCUAGUCACGCUCUAACCCCUUUGGCUACGGUGGCCGCCUACAUGUGUACAUACAUACAUAUUAUUUACCCAAAGAAAAUUACAUAAAAUCUGCAUUAAUGCAUAAAUUCUGCAAUUACCACACUUGUCGAGCUUUGUAAAGUUGUAUUAUGUAGCCAACUUUUAGGCUUUACAACUCACUGGCUGAGUGAAAUAGUAAUUUUACGAAAAUUGUUGAAGUGUGUACCCAAACAUGCGUACACACACAUGUACAUACAUGCAAAUAUAUAUACAUUUUGGCCAAGAAAGUACACACACACACACACACAGCUGUUGUUGAACAUAAAUAUGUACAUACAUACAUACAAACACACUUAUAUAAAUGCAAAAUGAACAAAACGGUAUAGAAUUUCGAUUUCAGAAACGAAUUGUUAGCAAAACACUUUUUAAAGAAAUAAAAGAAUAGUAAGGUCAGUGCCAUGUUAAAGCGAGCAGCACCCGGUUGCACAUGUGUUGGGGUGGGCAGGGGUGCCACAUACAUACAUGGAUCAUAAAACGUAUAUAAAUAGAAGGCAUAAAGAAAAAUUAGAUGUUUACGCUCAAUGCCUGUGUGACCGAAUGCUGUGAAAGCUUACAAAUAUACAUACGUACACACAUACAUGCAUACAUACAUUGUUUGUUUCAUACAUUCAUUAACGCCCGCAUAAAACAUUUCACUUCAUUGCAGUACCUCAGCGAAAAAAAAAUAUAAUUAAACAAACAGUUUUUUUAAGAAAUCAAAAUGCGUACUUCGGGUUUUUUUUUGGAAUUCUAAGUGCAUAAAAAAGGAAGCAAAGGACAGGGCUUUGAGGACAAUUUCAUAAAAAUUCAUUUUAUAUUUCAUAAGUGAAACAUAACCAAACAAUACGAAAUUAUUAGUGUAACAAAUACUUGUAAAGUUGAUAAAAAAAAAAAAAAAAAUUUUUUUAAUAUUUAAUAGUGUGCGCUGGCCCCACUUUUAGAUUAGAUUUGUGGAGGGUUGGGCAAGUCCAAGCACUCAGCCAGGAGACCAUUAUACUACACCCGAAUAGAUUUCAGUAGAAAGAAUAGACAUAGGAAAGAUAAAAUGUGGGUGGUAAGACGGAAAACUUUGUUCGAGGUCACUCUUCCACAAAUCUCUUGGAUUCAUUGAUGAAUUUUAAGAGAUCCGGAAGAGGACGAGCAUGAACUGUAUCCAUAUUCAGUAUAUCGCAACCCAAUAUCCUAAGUCUGAUUCUGAAAAACGCUGGACAGCUACGGAGAAAAUGCUCUGCAGUGUCGUCAUCCUCAAGACAGAAGCAGCUAUUUGCUGACCACAGGUGUUGUGCCCCGUGAUUACACCCACCAGUACUCUUAGGUACUUUCUACUGAGUUUUAGGAGAAAGGUCGCGUCGCUAUUUUCCUGUUUGGUGCUUUCUAAAAGCACUUGGCUACUCUGCACGAGUUCAACCCAACAUUCCCUAUGGGUAGACCUCAUGAAGUCGUCAAUUCAUAGUUGAAUCGAUGCGGAAUUGACAACUAGAAAGGGUUCAGAGCCUAGUGGCAUACUUGCAGAGCCUUCAUUAGCCAAUUUAUCAGCUAACUCGUUCCCUGCAAUACCACAAUGUACAGGCAUCCAAAUAAGACUAACUUUGUUGUGUUUUGCAACACUGUUCAAUUUUGACUUGCAUUCGCCGACUAAUUUCGAAGAGCAGCGUGGGUUAGCAAGGGAUUUCAGUGCAGCUUGACUGUCACUAAAAAUUUCAAUACUGCUACCGCGCCACUUUUUCUUAAUUAGCCAGUAUGCCACAUUCAAGAUGGCAUAGACUUCCAUCUGUCCUGUGGCAUAGGAGUACUUAGUGUCUUCGUCUACUGUUAGAAAGAACUUCAUUUAAACGAUUGGGCAUUUAGGAAAUGCGCUUUUCGAGAUACGUAACCUCAAUUUUGUCCCAUUCUUCCACAAUGUUUUUUGUUUGUUUGUAAAUCAAUUAAACGUUCAAAUUGCCGUCCGUUUUGGUAAACAAUACUAGGUAGUAGUCCCCAAACAUUCACAGUUCAUAUUUCGACUUGACUUUAACAAAAUUUCAAAAAAAAAAAUUAAUAAUUGUAAAAGUUAUCGCUGUUUGUGUGGAGCCCGUUUCUCCACAAGUGCUUGGAGGUUCAACUAAAAUCAAUCGGACAGGAGAAAUUAGUUUUAUUAAUAGCUUUUUUUUUCUCAAAGUUAACAAUAUGGCGGCCUCAGGAAAUAUUUUUCAGAUUUUCGAGAAAAUAACCGACAAUUAAUUGUUUAAAAAAAAAUCGAAAUUUUUGGGAAAAAAACUCCUUCGAUCAGGCAUGAUUUUUUUUUGUUUUUUCAAAAUUUCAAGCAUAGCAAUUUUUGCUUUCGAGGCGUGUGCCCUCCAAUACUUCAUCUUUUCAUCUGGCUCGUCCAAGUUGCACUUUUUCUCAUCACCAAAAAUGGUUUUAAGCCACUCUUCCGAUCCCUCUUUAUAUUUUGCAGCGAGUUGCAUUCGAGCGUAUUUAUGUCACGUUUUAACUUAGGUUUGUGCAGCUCUUUUUCCUAUAUGAUGUUAAAGUCAGUACUCAAAAUUUGCUAAAUUCGACGUUCAGUGACUUCUAAUGAUAACUGGGACUUAAUGUCUCACCUGCACUUAACGACGUAUUAACUGCUAAAUGCUUAAUACGGCGCUUUAUUCUGUCAUCAGUAAUAGAAGGACGGCCACGCGUUCCUUGUUUUAAGUAAUCUUUGGGUUUUGUAAGAAUCUUUCCCACAGUAGUUGCACUUAUUUCACCAAUUUUUGCAAUUUCCCUUAUUUUUUUUUUACAUUCCUCACUCAAAUGGACAACUAGUUUUUUAUCGUGAAUUCUGAAAGUGACUUUCCGGACGGCAUUUUUGCUUUUAUGUCGUAAGAAAUAUUAUCAAAAUUGUUGUUGUUGUAGCAGUAUAAUUAACCCUGUCAGUGUAGUGUAGAUUACUGGUCGUCUUCGUCUCGCUCAUCUAACGGUGGGCCCAGGAAACUAGCUGUUUCGACAGGUUGGCGCGUCCAGAGGGAGAGAGGUGUUAGAUGAGUAGGUUUGAUGGGACUUGUGAAAAGGUGGUAAGUGCCGUGCGGAGUGCCUUCACAUGGUGAACAUAUAUUGGAUAUGUCGGAAUCAAUUCUGGAUAGGUAGAAGUUUAGUCUGUUCUCUCUCUGUGUCUCUAGGGGUAGCUGAAGCUUUUCAUCUGCUAUGGUUGGUGGUUGGAUUCCGAUAACGGCAUUCAGAAGUUGGGAGUCUAGAAAGGUGGUGAAAUUGAAAUUGGAAAUUUGACAGGUCGAGCCAAGAAGCACAGAGAGAUUUGGUAACUCCUAAACAUUCAGGCCUAUAAGCCCAUUGUUCUUAAAGCUCUGGAAAGGGUAGAGAGUCAAAAAGGAAAGGAGAGAAGUAGCAGAAGGAGAAAGAUAGGAUAGAAUAGAGGAAUAAAAGUAGUUAGACCUGUGAGAAUUUUCUAGAUUCUUUGUUAAAUCUGAAAAUAUCAUCCAGUUUGAGAGUACGAAUUUUAUUUGUUCUCAUGGCAUCGGAACCCAAAAUUCGUAGCUUUGCUCUAGCAAAUGCACGGGACUCACAGAGAAAAUGUACAGUGCCAUCCGCCUCCUCCAAGCAAGACAGGCAAAUCGGGUCCUCAAUGAUUCCAAUGAUGGUCAUAUGUUGACCUCAUGGAUUGUAUCCUGUAAUAAUACUGACAAUCAACCGAACUUGGAAGAUACAGUUUUAGAAGAAAGUCCGACUGUUUUCUGUUCGGUCUUGUCACAAAACACCAUGCAGUUCUGCAGCGUUCAAGACCGAAACAUCGCUCUUUAUGUAAAUUCGCUUACAUAGUCGCUGAUGCACUUCUUGAUUUCUGCAGAACUGAUUCCGAUUAUCGGCUUUGGUUAAGUUGUUGGCUAAGUUGUUGGUCACAGUUUGGAUAAAUUGUUGGUCACAGUUGGCCAAUCAUCGGCAAUUUCAUCUCCUUCAGGUGGUAAGUGUCUACCGAUGAAUGCCAUUUAGCAUCUGUCUAAACACUGUCCGGUCCAGUUGUAUACAGGGUUGCCCAUAUUCGACGGACCCAUCUGGAAGCCCUGUAUCUUUUGACAGAGACGUCAGAUCGCUUAAUGACAUACCGGGUUGGAAGCGUCUGUCCAAGCAGAUUUUUACCAUGGAGCAGUACAUGCCACGCGAGCGCUCCCAAAUUGUUGAAAUUUACAUUCAACAAAAGAAGUGAAUUGUGAAAAUUCAACGUGCGUAUAAAAAAUUAAAGAAUGUGGAAAGUGCGCCUUCUAAGAACUCCAUUAAACGUUUGUACGAAAGGUUUUCGACUGGUGAUGCUCUUUCUAAUCCAAAGAGGUCAAAUCAAAACCGACCUUGCUCUUGUACGGACCAGUGUUGAGACGUCGCCAUCCCGAAAUCGCCGUUCUCAGCAGUUGGGCAUUGCUCGGACCACUUUACAAUGAAUUAUCCGCAUUGAUUUGCAUUUAUUCCCGUAUAAGAUUCAAUUGACGCAAAGAUUGUUGCCUGCGGACAAGCCUCGUCGAUUGGAAUGGGCCCAAAGAGUCAUCGAAAUCCGUCGGGUCCGUCGAAUAUGGGCAACCCAGUAGUUUUUAAACUAUUUGUUUCAUUAUUUAUUUCGCUGAGGUAGACUAUCAUUAUAAUUUUUUUUUUUGUAUUUAAUUUUUUUCUGCGAUUUCGGUUCAAAUUCUGCCAACUAAUAUUUAUUUCCCAUGUAGGCGCUUUUAGCAGUGAAUUUCAAAAAGCCAAUCACAAACAUUUGCUUGCCAAUUAAAAAUAUAUCAGCUAGAAUUCAAAAAAGUCAAAAUUUUAAAGCUUCCCAUCGCACCGAUACGACAUUUGUUUUGCCACCUACACCGGCGCCAUCAUUUACCACAAACGCCACUUGUGCGCUAAUAUUUUAAAAUAAUGAAAAAAUACUAAAAAAAAAAUGGCAAAAUUAAACGCUAAUUAUCAUUUCCUUUCUGCGCGCCAUUGGCUUGCGUUCGCGUCGUAUCAGUGCCAAGCUAAGCAACAAAAAAUGCUGAAAUGAGUGAAAAAUUAUGAAAAAAUCGCUUCCAAAAUUACCAAAAAAAAAAAAAUAAUAAAAAAUAAAAAGCAAAUUAAAUUUGCGACAAAUGCAUUUUUUGUGGUGUUCGACCAUCAGUGAAGUAGAAAAUUUUAGAAAAAUUAUGUAUAUCCUCCGCCCCACUAAGUUGUCAAUUCACUCUACAAUUAUUGUGCAAAUAUGUUUACUCACCUACAUUUACACCCUAUAUAUGUGCAUUCAUAUAUUUUAUGACAUUUUACAAACACACUACUACUAAUUUUAAUUGUUAACAUUUUACCUACAAAUGUAUUAAAAAAAAUGUAUUGAAAAUUUGAUGUUUUGUGUGACAUUUUUAAUAUUUACGAUUGUGUGAAGAAUUCAACUACACACAUACAUACAUACAUACGCAUCUGGUAUGUACACACAUGCAUACAUAUAUUGCAUUAUAUAAGCAUUUAUAUCAUUUUAAACGCACCUUGCAUACACACACAUACUCACAUACAUACAUACAUACACUUGUAUGUGAAUGCAGUUCACUUUAUUGUUGUAUUUACUAAUUUUAUUUCAUACGUCAAAAUGUAUUUAUUGACUUGUAUUUAGCGUUAGAACAAAAGGUCAUUCAUUUGCAUUUAGAUUUUAUAUACUUAUUAGUGAAUUUUACAAAACUGCUGUCGCAUGUACAUACAUAGACACGCACAUACAUACAUGCGAGUAUAUCGGUUAUUCGAUGCCCACAUUCAAGUGCGCGCCAAUACUUCGGCAAAUAUUUGCUUCGUAUUGUCGUGCAUUUCUAAUACUAUAUACAUACAUACAUAUGUACGUGCGUACAUACAUACAUACAUAUUUAAAAAACAAAAAUUGUAAAAUUACGAAAAUUCUAUGCAUCAGUGAUUAACAAAGUUGUGUACUUUUCCACAUUAAAUAUUCCAGAUUUAUUACGAUUCAAUAUAUAAAAAUUAA